UACAGAUGCGCUUAGUUCCUUGACUGGAAUUAUUACAGUAUAUUUUCGACUUUCAUAUUUCUUAAAAGCAGAAUCACAUUCCUUCGUAAAUGUUUUCAUUCACUAACUUAUUAGCUGGCAACGCUCCUGUUAUCGAAGAUGGCGGGAGAAAAGAGUAUAUGUUAAAGCAUUCUAUUAUUCUAUUAGUAUUAAUACGUUUAUUAUCCAUAAUUCAGUUAUCUCUGAAAGAAAAAAGAAUUACUUUAUUUUUAAGCGGAUCUAGUAGUAAAAAAUAAAAACAAUUUGGAUUUACGCUUUUAAAUCGCUUUCGUCAAUUUUUCACUCCGAGAAAUAUUUCAUAAAUCCUUUCAACAAUGGCACCUAAAAAGGUAUUAUUUAAAUAAAAGAAAAAUUGUUUAUUUCGAAUGAAAACUUAUUUCAAUUACCUACAAGAAGAAAAAAAUGGCAAGAUCUUCAAAAAGGAAAACUGAAGAGACAGAAUCCAAAUCAUCAAAGAAAAUUAAAAAAGAAGAAAAGUCUGAACAAGUAAAUGAUGAUAAUAUUGCUGAAUCAAACAGUUUUACAUCUGAUGCAAAAUCUCUAACCGGGAAAAAAUGGAAUCUUAAAAUUUCUUCAUGGAAUGUGAAUGGAAUUAGAUCAUGGCUUGACAAAGGAAUAGCAUUCCUAAAAGAGGAAAAUCCAGAUAUUCUCUGUCUUCAAGAAACUAAAUGUGGAGAUAAUGAAAUUCCUAAGAAAAUUAAAGAUUUUGAAGGUUAUCACAAAUAUUGGCUUUCAGGUGAUCAAAAAGGCUAUUCAGGUGUAGGCCUUUUAACCAAGAAAAAACCUUUGGAUGUCACCUAUGGAAUUGGUAAUAAAGAACAUGAUAAGGAAGGAAGAGUUAUAACUGCAGAAUAUGAAGAAUUUUAUAUUGUUAAUGCUUAUGUUCCAAAUGCAGGAAGAGGAUUGGUUAGACUUGAUUAUCGAAUGAAAUGGGACAACGAUUUCCUACAAUAUUUAAAGGAAUUAGAUUCUAAGAAACCUUUAAUACUGUGUGGUGAUCUUAACGUUGCACAUAAUGAAAUAGAUCUUGCAAGACCAAAAUCAAACAAGAAAAAUGCAGGUUUCACCAAAGAAGAGCGAGAGGAUUUUACAAAACUGUUGUCAGAAGGAUUUUUUGAUAGUUUUAGAAAAUUGUAUCCAGAUACAGAAGGAUGCUAUACUUUUUGGUCAUAUAUGAUGAAUGCAAGAGGAAAAGAUAUUGGAUGGAGACUAGACUAUUUUGUAUUAUCAGAGCAACUUGAACAGAAUCUUUGUGAUAACCUUAUUAGAAAGAAAAUUCUUGGUAGCGAUCACUGUCCAAUAACUCUAUUAAUGAGUUUUUAAAAUUUGAAACACAUUAAGCAGUAUUUCAAGAAAUCAAGAAUUGAUAGACAUUUUAUUUCAUCAGAAUUAUAUUAUUAGUUUUUUUGGUCUGGAAUAAAAUGAAAUAAUAUUCUACUCUAACACAGCUGAUAAAUGUGUGAUGAAAAUAAGAGUAAAGAUAAAUGCAGUGUAAUGAGGACAGUUAAUCCUACAGUCAAAGGUAAUGUAUAGUCAUUCAUCAUAGGAUGUUAUUCAAUCUACAUUACAUUUUAUUUUAAGUCAUAUUAAAUGUUUUGAAUUUAAAGCUCUGUGACAAGAAGAAAAAUUGUGUUUGUUUAUAAAUUUGAAAUUAUAAAAAAAGAAUCAUUACUAAUAACA